UUACGUAAGCAGCUUAAUCCCAAAGAGUUCAUUAUAUAUUGUUUGACACUUGUUUUGAACGUUUAGUGCGUAUAAAGAUACUUUGCUGAGUCGAAAAUUUGAAAAUAAUUAGUGCAGGUAUUGUGCGACUACGGGAAUCAAACGACCAUCUCGAUAACUGUAAUUGGAAAAAGCCUGCUAUUAUAUAAUACCGCAAUCAAAUUAAUCAUUCUCUACUAUAAAAAUAUGUUUGUGUUUUGAUGAUUUGGCACGAUCUCUCUCUCUCUCUAUAUAUAUAUAUAUAUAUAUAUAUAUAUACACCGACCCACAUUGGACAAUAAUCAUAUAGAGGUAAAUAUAUCACCUGUCAAAAAAGUGAGGUUAGGAGUAAACCAAAUAUCACACUUGUAUAGCUCUGCCACAAGCAUAAGCAUAUAUACCUUAUAAGCAGAGAGAGAGAGAGAGAGAGAGAGAGAGAGAGAGAGAGAGAGAGAGAGAGCGAGAUGCGGUGCCAAGGUGGCAAGUAUUUUUCGUGAUUACGAAACAUGCUAAUGAACUCUUGAAUUUUCUUUAACUAAUCCGGCAAGUCAUCGGGCGCGUAGCCCGUUAUCUGUCUCUUUUGGGAAGUGACCACGAUUGAAGUUGGACGUUUUUGGCAGCUUAAAGAGUUAACGUUUUGAAAAAAUAAUAAUAACAGUAUAAUACAAUGGCCAGUGAAAAAAGUACAAAAUCCAAAGAAGUUGGUGCUGUUGCCAAAUUUUAUUUAAUUGCUUACAAUUUUCUUCAAGUCUUAGGAUGGUGCUAUAUCCUAUUCAAAGUAGUAAACUUUUACUUGGGAAAUGAAGAUAAAAACAGAACUUUAUGGGAAGUCGUAGAGCUAGCAGUUGUUAUUUUCCAAAAUGCUGCUGCUCUAGAGAUUAUGCAUGCCGCUGUUGGAUUGGUGAAGUCAAAUCCAGUAUUGACUACAUUCCAAGUUUUAAGCCGAGUUGUAGUUGUAUGUGGUGUGAUACUGGCAACACCUAGGAGCUAUGCCGCUGCAUCGUCUGGUUUGCCUUUAGCACUGAUUGCUUGGUCAAUCACUGAGAUAAUAAGAUAUGGUUACUACUUUGCAAAUCUUAUCAAAGUUGUGCCCCAUUUCCUUGUUUGGCUAAGAUACACAUUGUUUAUUGCACUAUAUCCAAUUGGUAUAACUGGUGAACUCCUGUGCUUCUAUGCUGCUACGCAAUAUGCCCAUGCCCAUAAAACUGCUUGGAGUUAUGUUCUUCCAAAUGCUUGGAACUUUACCUUGAGCUACCAUUAUGCUCUUGUUUCCAUAAUGCUUUUGUACAUUCCAUUAUUCCCUCAUCUAUAUUUACACAUGUUCUCUCAAAGGCGCAAGAUUUUAGGAACUACUGAAAAAGUUUCAAAGAAAGUACAUUAAUUAAAAGCUUGAUGUGCAUUUACUAAAGAAAAGUACAAAGUUUUCAAAAAGAAUAUUCCAUGACAGUAUUUUGCAUCACAAGAAAACUUUUUGAAAACUAUUAAUGGGACAAAGACUAUAGACUAUUUUUACAAAAAUAAUGUAAGGCGAUGUGUUAUUUAAUAAAAUAUUUUAUGUUAGGGAUUGUUAUUUAAUCAAGGUUUUGUAUUUUUUACUGAAUAAAAUACGAUUUGGUUAACAAAUUACUAAAAUAAAA